AUGCAGGACCCACUCCAACCCGCUCGCCGUGGCCCAUCGCGUCGCACCCGUCCAUCACUGGCAUCAAUGCCUGAUAGUGGCUUUCAACCUUCAAGACCACAAACACAAGACACCUCUCGAAACAAGGCGGACACAUUCGAUUUGGGCGUCACGUCGCAAUUACUCGAAUCGCCAACAAGGGAUCCAGAAACAACAGUACGGGGUUCUCGAAGUCAUACAACGAGGAGCAUGCGCUCCUUUCGUUUUCCAUUAGGGGGUGGUGGAAGUGUUAAGAGCACUAGUGGAUCACAAUCAUUAUCGCCUAACUCAAUAUCAAGAAGUCAAACAAUCAGCUCGGCUUGGAGUGGAAUGAGCAAUCGAUUAUUUACAGAUUCUGCGGUGGGAACAGUAAGCGACAAACCAACAACAGACGAACUCUUCUCGUCGCAAUUUAACAAACUUGCGAGAAAACAUGGCAUUCAAUCAUUUCCCGACAACUACAAGACUGAGCCUGCCGGUUCAGUAUCGGUAUCGAGUGCGUCGAAUGCUAACAACAGCUCUGGAGACUCAACGCCAAUUAUGCAUGGGAACCGACUUUGGAAUAAGUUGCUUGGCAGAACACCAUCAUCGAUGGAUAUUUCAAAAAGUUAUGGGAACAUGAAGUUGUCUUUGGGGCGCAGGAGGGGCAGCAGCAUUGGUGAUCUUGCAGCGAUUGGACGGGGGAAGCGGGAUUCGUUGAAGGGUAUGCAUUUGGAGGAUAUGAUCCGAUUGGGCGGCGUUUCGCCGUUUACAUUACCCGAGGGACUGUCACCUGGCGAUCUUUUGAUUCCAACGUGCAUGCAUGCUUCUGCAUCUUACAUAUUGACCCAUGGCCUCAAAACUCCUGGAUUAUUUCGAGUUGCUGGUAAUCUCAACACCACUUAUUCGCUCUAUGACUACUACCAAAGACAGUUCGAAGAGAACAAUAACGAAGCGGUUGUUCAGACAAUAGCCCUUGCCAAACUCCCUACCAGCAUCAAGUUUCACGUCCAUGAUGUCGCGCAUCUCUUCAAAAAGCUCCUCCACGGACUUCCUGGUGGACUUCUUGGCUCUCCUGCAGUUUUCCAGGCAUUAUGUCUCGGAAAGUAA